AUGGCCUUCUGCAGCUGGAAGCGGCUCCUCCUCGUGGGCAGGCAGAACACUUUUGCCAAGGCUUGGAGGAGCAGGAGGGGGGGCCCCUCUCUGCGCUGGAAGCGCUGCUGCCAUUGGAGCACCGGCAAGUCUCUGGACCCCGAGGUGAGAGCAUUUCUGGAGGAGAACACGGAGGUCACCAGCAGCGGGCACCUCACGCCAGAGAUACGACUGCGCCUCCUCACCCCUCGCUGCAGGUUCUGGAGGGAAAAACCUGACCUGUGGCCAUACGGGGACCCGUUCUGGGCAAUUUACUGGCCAGGAGGCCAAGCCCUCUCCAGGUAUAUUUUAGAUAAUCCACAUGUUGUUAAAGGACGUUCAGUUUUGGAUCUUGGAAGUGGAUGUGGAGCAACAGCAAUAGCCGCUGUGAUGAGCGGUGCAUCACACGUCCUUGCUAAUGACAUUGACCCUAUUGCAGGAACGGCAAUGAUCUUGAACUGUGAACUGAACCACCUGAAUCCCUUCCCCAUCAUCAUUAAGAACAUCAUUAAUUCAGAGGCUGGCAACUGGGACCUCAUUGUUCUAGGAGAUAUGUUUUAUGAUGAACAACUUGCUGAUGAUCUGCAUCACUGGCUGAGGAAAUGCAUCAGGAUUCAGCAAACUGAAGUGCUGAUUGGUGACCCUGGCAGGUAUCAGUUUUUAAGUCACAGCAUUCGCAGUCAAUUGCACAAAGUUAUAGAAUAUUCACUUCCUGAGUACACUAGACAAGAAAACAAUGGAUUAACAUCAAGUAUCGUCUGGAGUUAUCAGCCCUCAAAUAGCUUAGAAAACUGUUGAAGCUGGCUUUGUAAUGAAUUUUGUCUCAUUGGUUGGCUUUUUUUUUUAAAUAUGUAAAAUGAAAAUGGGAAUUAAACUUGGAACAUACCUGUUGAUGCAAAGGAGAUUACUGUACCUUUGCAGUACUGAUUUCAGUCAUACUGAGGCUUUUGCUCCAUUUGAGGUAAAAACUACAUGCAAACUGUAUUCAAAGGGCCCUGCACUGAAGUGCAAAUCCAAAGACAGGUUACACGUAAGAGUUUGUAUGCUUGAUGUUUUUAAAGUAUAUUUAUGUCUUGCUCUCCAACACUAUUGUGAAAUGUUCUGGACAUCCAGCAUACUGCUGUGGGG